AUGAGGUCAUCAAUCUAUCCGCGCGCGUCGAACGCGCUUCCGUCGCCGGCAUCGACGCCGACGCACCGUCGACGCGGAUCGUGCACUCGGCGUCGGUACAUCAUUCGUCCGAACGCCGAGAUGACACCCGAGAACGCGGAGGUGGACGAUGCGAAGCCCGCGAGAGCGUCCCGGAGGAAACCGCUCGGCGACGUCGCAAAGGCGUUGUGGGAAGAGGUCAAGUACAAACCGUUAAAGGAGGAUGAGACGAUCGAGGCGGUGGCGUUGUUGGCGACCCUGGAACUCGCUCGACGUAGGCCUGAGCCGGGUGAACAGUGGACGGAGGAGAGAGAGGAGAUGCGCGCGCGGGCGCGGGAGGCGAUACCGAGCGCGGUGGGCGCGUAUUGGAGCGCGCGGAGCAAAGCUUUGAUGGAUAGCGACGCCGUGCGAGACGCCGCGCCGUACAUGUCGAGUGCGGUGAACGUGGCCAUCGCGGGCGUGGUGAUUCGGUUGUUCUUACCGCGAUUGGCGGCGCUGCAGGCGGUGGGCGGUUUCGACGAGUUGACUGAAUUUUUUGGUCUGCCGCCUAGGGCAGAGUUGAGCGGAUACCUGGAUCAACUGCGGGAGUACCCAGUGAUUACGGUGUUCGCGGUGUACGUGUUGUUAUUCAUGGCGGAGAAGUUGACGAUGACGGACGAGUUCGUGCCGAUCGGGUUUGUGUUGCCCGUGAUAUCGCCCGUGGUUUUCGGCGGGGUUUUCGGCGGUACCAUGGUGACGUCGCUCGCGAGCACGCUCGCGGCGAGCGUCAACUUCUUCCUCGCCAGAUACGUCUUGAAGGACAAAAUAUUAUCCUUUAAGUGGGGCGAGAGCGCGCCGGUGGGGGAACAACAGUGGUUCGGCGCGCUGAGUCGACGGUUCGAUUCCUCACAGUUUCCUGAGUCCAAGAUUCCGGAGGGCUUCAAAUCCGCCCUCUUGCUCAGGCUCUGCCCGAUUCUUCCGAUUCCAAUCAGUGGGAACUGGUACGUAUGUGGGCUUACGCCACUCAAGUUUCAAGAGUUCUUCGCCGCGCACUUUAUCGGGAGCUCAAAGACGGCAUUCAUCGACGCGUACUUGGGUUCCAUUUUACUCCUCGCGCUCGAUGAAAAUUCAAUCAAGGAUCAAGCUCAGGGAGCUUUGGUGUUCGAAACGGUCGCCAUUGCGCUCAUAUCCAUAUUGGUUAGUACGUACGCCACCGAACUCUUCACGCAAAUAUUGGACGAAGAGGGCGUGGACGCGAACGCGAUGAUGGGUUUCGGCGGCGGCGACAAGAGCGACGACGAGGAAGACGCUGAGGACGAGAACAUCACCAAAGCUUUCAUCGCCUCCGCCGCGAUUCCUGUGGCCGCAGAGGAGCCAAAAUCAGAAGCGAAAGACGAAGAAGAAGAAGAAGAAGAAGAGGAAGAGCCCGUGAAAAUCCCAAUUCAAUUCAUGCCCGCCGAUGAAAAAGCCGUCAUCGCCCAAGGCGACGAGCUCUGGAAGCGCGCCGCCGCCGUGGAGGCGAAGAGGAAAAACCUCACCAUGAGUGAGAUCGCAGACAUCGACGCCAUGGACGUCGAUAUGUAA